AUGUCGUCCAAGACCAAGAAGCCUUCCGGCAAGCCUCAGCGCUCCGCCAUUGCGGACGUUGUCGCCCGCGAGUACACCAUCCACAUGCACAAGCGCAUCCACGGUGUCAGCUUCAAGAAGAGGGCUCCCCGCGCCAUCAAGGAGAUUAAGGCUUUCGCCACCCAGGCUAUGGGUACCUCCGACGUCCGCGUGGACCCCCAGUUGAACAAGAAGGUCUGGGAGCAGGGUAUCAAGGGUGUCCCCUACCGCAUCCGCGUGCGCAUCUCCCGCCGACGAAACGACGAGGAGGGCGCCAAGGAGAAGCUGUACAGCUACGUGCAGGCCGUCAACGUCAAGAACCCCCGCGGCCUCCCCACGGUCGUGGUCGAGGAGUAA